AUGAAACCAUAAGAAUAUAAAUGGAAUGAAAAGCUAUGGAAACCUAUUGUUAGACCUCCAAGACAUUGUUACCAUCUAAAAGAUCUAGGGAACGAUCUGUUUAAAAUUAAAGAUACAAUCACAAAAAGAACAGACUUUGAGAUAUAUAAUAAUAGAAAUUAGAAAUUACAAUGUAGGUGAGAGUCAAACUAUAUUAAGUUUAUUCGAACCUAUAAACAUGUAGGGAAAUCCUCAUCCUUGUAUGAUAUACUUACAUGGUAAUUCAAGCAGUAGGAUAGAGGCAUUCACAAUAAUUGAAUAUUUAAUUCCAGCGAACAUUUCGGUUUGUGGUAUUGAUUUAUCUGGUAUAUAAAAUAAAGUAGACAAGGUUCUGGAUUAUCUGAAGGGGAAUAUAUAUCUUUGGGAUUUCAUGAGUGUUACGAUGUUGUAUGCUUAUAUGAUUACUUAAGAGAAAACAAAGUAAUCAUUUAAUAGAAUAUCAGUUUGAUAGAGCUAUAUUACAUCUAUUGGAUUAUGGGGUCGAUCUAUGGGUUCAGUGACAGCCAUUUUAGCUGCUUAUAAUAAUAUUGAUUUUAAAGUUUUAGUUUGCGAUAGUCCAUUCUCGAAUUUAACUUUGUUAUGCAAGGAACUAGCAAAGGAAAACUAUAAAAUACCUAAUUGUUGUUUUAAUUGUUUUUGGUGCUAUGUAAAAUCUAAAAUUCAUUAAGAAGUUCAAUUUAAUAUUGAUGAAUUGAAUAUAGUUUAAAAAAUACAAGGUAAUAGCUCACUAAUUAUAAGUAUUACCUUAGGAUGUUCAUAUAUUAUUUUUGUCUGCUUAAUAGGAUGAUUUGAUAAGAGAGAGCCAUCCUAAAUUGCUAAUGAAACAAUUUCGUGGACAAGAUAAGGAAUUGUUUAGUUUUGAGGGAACUCAUAAUUCCAAGAGACCAGCAAAAAUAAUGGAAGAUUCAGUUGCUUUUGUAUUAAAGGCUUUUGGAUAAAAUGUGUGGACUGCAUCUAAUAUCAAAUAUGCGAUGAAAUACUCAUAAAAUUAACUAUCUAAAUAAGUUCCUUUAUUAAAGGGAGAUAAGAGAAGUGUGCAACCUCAUAUGGAAAAAGAUGAUUAUUGA